GGUCACUUCACCGUUUCGUUCAUUUGACAGGCAAAAUAGUGCUAGGCUGAGUUAGGUCGCAAGAGAAGGAAAGCACCGUAGAUUAUCUUGACCUAUACACCGCAAACAUGUCAGAGGAGCGAUCUGAAAGGUCUGAUGGGAAAAUUGUGAAGAUGGAGAUCGACUACAGUUCGACUGUAGACCAGCGUCUGCCGGAAUGCGAAAAAAUGGCUAAAGAGGGCAAGCUGCAGGAGGCUAUUGAGAGCUUGUUGUCACUGGAGAAGCAAACCAGAACGGCAUCAGAUAUGGUGUCCACCUCGAGAAUCCUCGUGGCUGUGGUCCAGAUGUGUUAUGAAGCCAAGGACUGGGAUGCCCUGAAUGAAAACAUCAUGUUGCUCAGCAAAAGGAGGAGUCAGCUGAAACAGGCUGUUGCCAAGAUGGUGCAAGAAUGUUACAAGUAUGUGGAUGCUAUGACUGAUCUGACCAUCAAGCUGAGACUCAUCGACACACUUCGCACAGUGACUGCUGGCAAGAUCUAUGUAGAGAUUGAACGUGCCAGACUUACAAAGACCUUGGCUGGCAUCAAGGAGCAGAGCGGAGAGGUCAAAGAGGCAGCUUCCAUUCUUCAGGAGCUGCAGGUGGAGACAUACGGCUCCAUGGAGAAAAAGGAGAAGGUGGAGUUUAUCUUGGAACAGAUGAGGCUUUGCAUUGCUGUCAAGGAUUACAUUCGCACUCAGAUCAUCAGCAAGAAGAUUAACACCAAGUUCUUCCAAGAGGAGGGCACUGAGGAAUUGAAGCUGAAGUACUACAACCUAAUGAUCCAGGUGGACCAGCAUGAGGGCUCCUACCUGUCUAUCUGCAAGCACUACCGAGCCAUUUACGACACCCCCUGCAUCUUGGAGGACAGCAGCAAGUGGCAGCAGGCCCUGAAGAGCGUGGUGCUGUAUGUGAUUCUUUCCCCUUACGACAAUGAGCAGUCAGACCUUGUCCACAGAAUCAGUGCAGACAAAAAACUGGAAGAGAUCCCUAAAUACAAGGACCUUCUGAAACAGUUCACCACUAUGGAGCUGAUGCGCUGGGCCUCCCUGGUGGAGGAUUAUGGGAAGGAGCUGCGAGAGGGCUCACCCGACAGCCCUGCCACAGACGUCUUCUCUUAUUCAGAGGAGGCGGAGAAAAGAUGGAAGGACCUGAAGAACAGAGUGGUGGAACACAACAUCAGAAUAAUGGCCAAAUAUUACACCAGAAUCACAAUGAAGAGGAUGGCAGGACUCCUUGACCUCUCUGUUGACGAAUCUGAGGAGUUCCUCUCCAGCCUAGUUGUCAACAAGACCAUCUAUGCCAAGGUGGACCGGCUGGCUGGCAUCAUCAACUUUCAGAGGCCUAAAGACCCCAACGACCUGCUCAACGACUGGUCGCACAAACUCAACUCUCUCAUGUCUCUGGUCAACAAGACCACGCAUCUCAUUGCCAAGGAGGAGAUGAUCCACAACCUGCAGUGAAACAAGAAAACAGUGCAUUAUUUUGUCUUUGUCUGUUUCUUUCCUUUUGUGGGAAUGUUUUUGAAUAUACAACAUGCUGGCGGACUGUGAAGGCAGCUUUAUUCCAAUGCCGUAUAAUUGGAGAAAAAUCUGCAGCACAUUACCCCCAACUUUGUUCAUUUUUUACUGUCUAGUAAAGCAUUGACAAUAAACACAGCACCUCCCCUCUUUGCACCCCUCUGUUGUGAAAGACUGCAGUUCCAGCUGUGUUUCCCAUUGCUGUUUAAUGGAUUACAUACAGUAGCUUAGAGUUUAUUGCUGUAUGAAAACAUGGCUAAAAAAUGUAUACUUAUCAAUGUAAACAAUAAACUCAUCGCAUUUGGUUAAGA